AUGAGUUACCCGAUGUACACUGUAGCAGCCGAAGUGCUGUUGAAGAUGGAUCGACUCCGACCGCAUGAACGGUUAAUGGAGCAAGGGAUGCUCGUGGAGUUCAAGAAGGGUAUGGGAAAUGCGGCCUUCGUUUCGCAUCAGUGGGUGGGAGGGGAACAUCCCGAUCCAGAGUUCAAGCAGUUCCAAGUUUUACAGGAGGCCUUGCGACGCACCCUUACUGACUUGAAGGUCAUUGAAUUGGACAUCUACACGGAGAGUUUUGUUCCGAGUGCCAAGAGCUUGCCAACCAACAAGCUUUGGUCCGAAGCACUCUUCGUGUGGUAUGACUAUUUUUCGUGCCCACAGCUCGAGCACAACGGGACUCACUACACUGAUAUCAACCAGACAAGUGAUCUUGCUCUUGCCAUUGAAAGCAUCCCUGCCUAUAUCACAAAGUGUGCAUUCUUCUUUGUCUUGUGCCCCACGAUUGAGAAUGCCGAUUCCUCCAAGUUGUUCACUCCUGUGACCUGGGCUCAGCGUGGCUGGUGCCGCAUGGAACGCGCCUGUCGAGAGCUCUCCAUGGAAGCUUCGUGGAUCAUGAUCAAAUCCUCGGGGUGGUUGGAGCUUAUUGGCUCGCCCUUGGGAUCUUUUGCCUUUGGCGGACCUGCUGGGGAGGGCCAAUUCAGCGUCGAAGAGGACCGCCAGAAAUUGGGGCCAGUGAUGGUGCACCUCUUGAAGCACAAGUUGCAUUCCCUCCUCAAGGCCAAGGAUCUGGUGGGGUACCGGUUGCUGCUGAACACGCAGAUGACCCAUCUUGGAGGCUUCAAGGUUGAUGUCGUGGACGACGUUGUCCCCUGCUUUGAACCAGAUCCCGACUCAAAGCCUGACUCCUUGUCGGUCAUCGUAUCGCGAUUCUUCUAUCAGAAUGGCUUCAAAGGAGUCAACGAUGUGGACCGUGCCGGCUGGUCACCUCUCCACUAUGCCGCAUUGAAUGGAAAUCCACAGUUGAUUCAAGGCUUACUGGAGCAACGGGCAGAUCUGAAUUGCAAGACCCACAAAGACCAACCAAUCAUUGGCAUGCACGGCCACGCGUCUGCACUGGUCAUCAGCCUUUUCUUCAAGCAAAACAAGGUUGUGCGCUUGUUGCUGGAAGCUCGGGCCAUCAUGGACGGAGGCCUGCAUCCUCCGAUCUAUUGUGCGGCCAGGGCAAGCAACUCCGAAGGUGUUCGCUUGUUGUGCGAAGCCAGCUGCAACAUCCACGCAAGGGAUUUGUACGAUGUCUCAGGCUUUGAAGCUGCCGCCAUGAACGGAGCUCGUACUUCCAUGGAUGUUUUGGCUGCGGCAGGUGCCCUGGAAAGCGCCAACAUGGGCAAUGUGCUUUUUUGGUCGCAAGUCUUUCGGGGAGGUCAGCGGGAGAUGGUCCAACAUUUGCUGGAUUUGCGGGCUGAUGUGAACUAUCAGUACGGUUGGCCAUCCCUUCGGACCACCUUUGGGCAGUUUGUGGCCCUGAACACGCUGAAGUACCGGCUGGGCAACCGAACCCGGAACCCCCGACGCUGCUUUCACGGAGUGGAAGGGACACCACUAAUGAUGGCGGUGAUCGCCGGGGAAUACGAAGGAGCUGCUGCCCUGAUUGCAGCAGGAGCAGACAUCAAUAUCCGCAAUGGGCGGGGGGUCACUGCGGGCGAUCUAGCACAAGGAUUGGCUGUGCCAGAUUUCUUAGCGGAGGGUCUUCUUGGUCGGCGAGCAGAAUGUGAGAGAAUCCUCUCAAUUUCACUCGCAGGCAGCCUAGUAGAAACCAAGCUUUGA